UGACUAUUACGCACGGCAUACGUUCAGCUCCUGGGAGUGAGCAAGCACUUGCUUUGAAGGAAGGCAAAGGCAACAUACAUCCGGAGUUCAUGGAGGACCUGAGAGUGUCGAGCUAUAACGCCUUGCUGACACCUUCGUACGUUCAUGAAGAAUUCCCAAUGUCUGAAAGAGCUAAAGAGACAGUUUGGUUGGCACGACAAGUAUGUGCCGAUGUUCUUCGUGGCAAAGACGAUCGUUUGGUUGUCAUUGUCGGCCCAUGCAGCAUCCACGAUAUUGAUGCAGGCAUAGAAUACUGCAAAAAACUCAAGGAAGUAGCUGACCAACUGCAAGGAGAGUUGCUUAUCAUGAUGCGUACAUACUUCGAGAAGCCACGUACAACCGUCGGCUGGAAGGGUCUAAUCAAUGACCCAGAUGUCAACGGCAGCUAUAACAUCAACAAAGGCUUGCGCAUUGCACGUGGAUUUUUGUGCGAAAUAACGGACUACGGCAUGCCUGUCGCAUGCGAGCUUCUUGACACUAUCUCACCACAAUACUUGGCUGAUCUUAUCUCUUGGGCAGCCAUUGGAGCUCGAACCACUGAAUCACAGUUGCACCGUGAACUUGCAUCGGGCGUAUCCUUCCCCGUUGGAUUCAAAAACGGUACCGAUGGAAAUAUCAAUAUUGCGGUAGAUGCCAUUCGCGCUGCCAGCGCACCGCAUCACUUUCUCGGUGUAGCAAGCAAUGGUACACUGGCUCUUACCAAUACCAAGGGUAACAGCUGUUGCCAUGUUAUCCUUCGUGGUGGUAACGAUGGACCCAACUACGAAAAGAAGUACAUUGAUACGACCAAUGCUCAAUUAGAAAAGGCUAAAUUACCUCUUAACGUGAUGGUGGAUUGCUCCCACGGAAACUCGAGCAAAAAACAUACCAACCAACCCAUCGUUUCCUCUAAUCUUGCUAGCCAAAUUGCUGCAGGCGAUCAAUCCAUAUGUGGACUGAUGAUCGAGUCUAAUCUCAACGAAGGCAGACAAGACGUUCCUCCAGAAGGCAUUCAAGCAUGUAAAUAUGGUGUUUCCAUUACUGAUGCAUGCGUUGACUGGGACACAACUGUAGUCAUGUUGAAGGAGCUUUCUGAAGCUGUCAAAGCAAGACGUGCAAAGAAGCAACAAUCAUAGCUUUGAUAGUACACACAAAUCUCAUUUUUCUCAUAUGCACUGAAUAUUUCCAUAUCUUUCUACUCAAUUUUUUCUAUAUUUCAUUUCCCAAUUUCGUUUUGAUUGCCGUACAUUACAAAACCAAACCACUUGAUUGUGUGUUGUCAUAAAUCCGUAGUUUUAGCCGUAGCCUUUUUACGACGUCUGAGAGAACUUGGC